GCUCGCACGCCGGAGCGCUCAGCCCAGAAUUCGUGAAUCUAUUUGGAAUCUCCCUGCUUCCUCGAAGCUCAUCCCUGUCGCCGGUUUGUGCACGGACAGUAGCGUCCACCCAGCGAAGCCGCACUUUGGGCUGCGGACACUCAGGGCCCGGCGCGCCCGCCCGGCGUCUCCGCACCAAGCCCCGAAGCUCCAGGAGGCAUGAACGCGAUCCGGAGGCUCCUGCCCAGCGCGCGGGGACCGCUCGGUGUUUACCGCCCUCGGGAGCCGACCUCGAGCCCCUCCAGCCAUUUGUGAACCAGGAGGCUUGAAAUUCGCCGGCGUGGAGCCCUGCAAGAGAAAUUUCAAUGAGAAGGAAAGCCAAUGGAUCGUGGUCUUAGAAAAGCUGCUUAGAUGAUGUCUGUUUCCCGUGCUGUAAACACGUGGCAGAGCUGUGAGUAAAUGCUCGGCACUGCAUGAUGAAUUGGAUGGCUGCAGACCAGAGGCAAACAAAAUAAUUGUCUCAUUUUCGUGGUGAUUUGCUUAACUGGGGGGACCAUGCCAGAACGGCUAGCGGAAAUGCUGUUGGAUCUCUGGACUCCAUUAAUAAUAUUAUGGAUUACUCUUCCCCCUUGCAUUUACACGGCUCCGAUGAAUCAGUCUCCAGUUUUAAUGAGUGGAUCCCCUUUGGAACUAAACAGACUGAGUGAAGAACAGCGGAUUUUGAACCGUUCCAAGAGAGGCUGGGUUUGGAAUCAAAUGUUCGUCCUGGAAGAGUUUUCUGGACCUGAACCGAUCCUUGUUGGCCGGUUACAUACAGACCUGGAUCCUGGGAGCAAAAAAAUCAAAUAUAUCCUAUCAGGCGAUGGAGCUGGCACUAUCUUUCAAAUAAAUGACAUAACAGGAGAUAUCCAUGCUAUAAAAAGACUUGACCGAGAGGAAAAAGCUGAGUACACCCUAACAGCUCAGGCAGUGGACUGGGAGACAAAUAAGCCUCUUGAGCCUCCUUCUGAAUUUAUUAUCAAAGUUCAAGACAUCAACGACAACGCACCAGAGUUUCUCAAUGGACCGUAUCAUGCUACCGUGCCAGAGAUGUCCAUUUUGGGUACAUCUGUCACUAAUGUAACAGCUACCGAUGCUGAUGACCCAGUUUAUGGAAACAGUGCGAAGUUGGUUUAUAGUAUCUUGGAAGGGCAACCUUAUUUUUCCAUUGAGCCUGAAACAGCAAUUAUAAAAACUGCCCUUCCCAAUAUGGACAGAGAAGCCAAGGAGGAGUACCUGGUUGUUAUCCAAGCCAAAGAUAUGGGUGGGCACUCGGGCGGCCUGUCUGGAACCACAACACUUACAGUGACCCUCACUGACGUGAACGACAAUCCUCCAAAAUUUGCCCAGAGUCUGUAUCACUUCUCAGUACCAGAAGAUGUGGUUCUUGGCACUGCCAUAGGGAGGGUGAAGGCCAAUGAUCAGGAUAUUGGUGAAAAUGCACAGUCGUCAUAUGACAUCAUUGAUGGAGAUGGAACAGCACUCUUUGAAAUCACUUCUGAUGCCCAGGCCCAGGAUGGCAUUAUAAGACUGAGAAAGCCUCUGGAUUUUGAGACCAAAAAAUCCUAUACUCUGAAGGUAGAGGCAGCCAAUGUCCACACUGACCCGCGUUUCAGCAGCAGGGGGCCCUUUAAAGACACGGCGACAGUCAAAAUUGUUGUCGAAGAUGCAGAUGAGCCUCCAGUCUUCUCAUCACCGACUUACCUCCUUGAAGUUCAUGAAAAUGCUGCUCUCAACUCCGUGAUUGGGCAAGUGACCGCUCGUGACCCCGACAUCACGUCCAGUCCUAUAAGGUUUUCCAUCGACCGGCACACUGACCUGGAGAGACAAUUCAACGUUAAUGCAGAUGAUGGGAAGAUAACGCUUGCAACCCCGCUUGACAGGGAAUUAAGCGUGUGGCACAACAUAACAAUCAUUGCUACCGAAAUCAGGAACCACAGUCAGAUAUCCCGAGUACCUGUUGCUAUUAAAGUGCUGGAUGUCAAUGACAACGCCCCUGAAUUCGCAUCCGAAUAUGAGGCAUUUUUAUGUGAAAAUGGAAAACCCGGCCAAGUAAAUAUCUCCAUGUUGUUAAUGCUGAAUAUGUUUGUAUACAACUGUCUCAUAUUUGAUUAACCUGCAUUAUAGUGUGCACUUGCAUCAUUUACAAUCUGCAAAGUCAUAGGCAAAAAACAUCCAAAUGGGAACGGAGAGAGGGAGUAUUCUUCUUUCCGAGAUGUUAAUUCUCUUCCUACUUAUGACCAAAUUGGCUCCUGAAACGGAAGGACCUGCUGUGCCAUGAACCCAGAGCCAAAACACUAUCUUAAAGUAUCUUGGGGUAUGGAUGAUCACAGGGGAGGUCUCAGAGUGAUGGGGCCAAAAUUUCAACCUUCAAAUGACGAGAAGUGAGGGAAAAGCCCAUGGGAAGCUAUGUUUGUUUCAUAUCAAAUGUAGAAAUAACACAUAACAUUGGAACCCUAGGAAGACCAAUUGCAGGAAGUGAAUUUUUAAAUCUGUAAAGCUGUAGCUAUAUUUAGAUAGACAUAAUGUGGACAACAUGUUUUAGACAUGCAAGUAAAGCAUCUGAUAAUUGUAUAUUGAUGUGUAUUGAUGGAACUUUUUUCUUUUAAACUGUCUUAUGUAGCUUAGAUAGGACAAUGCAGACACAGAGAGAGAGACGGGGAGAGAGGAAGGAAGGAAGGAAAGAAGGAAGGAAGGAGGGGGGGAGGGAGGAAGGAGGGAGAAAGUUAAGAAAGAAGAACGAAAACAAAACCUGCUAUAUUCUGAAUGUCAAAAUGGAAAUAGUCUAUGUAAAGUUCUAAAAACCACAAAUGUAAUAGACUGAUUUUAACAAGGUGCCAAAGUACUGUAUGUUUAAGAAAUUUAUCGUUUUUCAACUUCUUAAUUUAUUUCUGGAUGGUGACAUUUUAAUUUAAAUAAACAGCAGCUGACAGCAUG